AGGUUGUGGUAAAUUGACGUAUAGUUUUCGAUGUAGAAAAAAUAAGCCAUGGACUUGGAAACAAUAUGUCAACUUUUUCAACCCUACAGCAAACAAAAUUGCAACUUUAUCGGCAUCUACAUUUCACCGGGAUUAUAUACAGAGUACCGAAAUAAUCACAGGAGAGGCUUCUCCCUCUAAUUUGUGGGACAAUCGGUGGUGGUGGAAUUAUGAAGUGAAUCAGUACGAUACCGAACCUCCGGCUCUGACAAACGCCCACUACCUACGUCACUUCCUGCCAGAUCUAAAGAUGAUCAUUAUUCUACGUAAUCCUGUAGCUAGGCUCUAUUCUGACUAUACUUAUAUAAGCACAGGAAUUCUCUCGCCAGAACGUUUCCAUCAAGAAGUAUUAGCAGAAAUAAGUGCUUUCAGGGAUUGUAUCCGAUACCAUGAUAUUCGUUUUUGUGUGUACCAUAACUCUUUCAAUGAGUCUGAUGUGUCAAGUACGGCACGGCUCCAUAACGGAUUCUACGCAUCAUUCAUCGAAGAAUAUAUGAAGUGUUUUCCACGAGAUCAAUUUCAUAUUUUACGUCUGGAAGAUUACUCUGAGAACAAGGUCGAGGAAAUGAGGAAGAUUUUUCAGUUUCUAAAUCUACGUGACGUGGAAGUACCACAUACAAAAACACGUAGAAACAAAGGGAGGAAAAACACAAGAGACAUGCUACCGGAAACUAGGAAUGUAUUAACGAAAUUCUAUCAACCUUAUACGGAUCACCUGGCCGAUCUACUGAGGGACGAGAGAUUUCUCUGGCUUCAAUAAUUUCAUAUUUUUCUGAGCAUCAUAUUGUGCUAUUUCACAAAUUGCAAUCUAAGUGCUUAAUGGAUGUCAGAGUUCACGUUGUAGUGAUCUUUGUAUCAUUGUUUGAGUGAGCGAAGGAGUGAACGAGUGAAUGGCCGGCAACAUGUCACGUUUUAGAGACCUUUGUUGCAAGAUUCAAAUAUUGAGCAGUGGCCGUGUUCUAGUGAGGCGAUGAGUAAAUUAGUAAAACAUUGAGCUAGUGAGUCGGUGAGUGAAUCGACGGGAUAUUGAGUCACGAGAGAAUGAGUGAGUGAGUGAG